CCCCUCGCGAGACUUCGGCGGCGCAGCCAUGGCGAGACCGUGAGUGCCGCCGACCGGAGUCAAGAACUCGGGCUGUGACUGGGUUUGGGCGCGAUCGGGCCGGGAGCGGGAGCCCCGGACGGGCCAGGGCACCCUGUGCGGGCGGCGGCUGAGGGCGCGAGGCCAGCCGGGGCCCCGACGGCCGCCCGCGACCUAGCUCCCACCUCUCCCCCAGAUGCCGCGUCACUGCUCCGCCGCCGGCUGCUGCACACGGGACACGCGCGAGACGCGCAACCGCGGCAUCUCCUUCCACAGACUCCCCAAGAAGGACAACCCGAGGCGAGGCCUGUGGCUGGCCAACUGCCAGCGGCUGGACCCCAGCGGCCAGGGCCUGUGGGACCCGGCAUCCGAGUACAUCUACUUCUGCUCCAAACACUUCGAAGAGAACUGCUUUGAGCUGGUGGGAAUCAGUGGGUACCACAGGCUGAAGGAGGGCGCGGUCCCCACCAUCUUUGAGUCUUUUUCCAAGCUGCGCCGGAGCGCCAAGAGCAAAGGGCACGGUUACCCGCCCGGCCCCCCGGACGUCAGCAGGCUGCGGCGAUGCAGGAAGCGCUGCGCCGAAGGCCGGGGGCCCACCACCCCAUUCUCUCCACCCACGCCGGCCGACGUCAGCUGCUUCCCUGUGGAAGAGGCCUCGGCGCCCGCCACGCUGCCAGCCUCGCCCGCCGGGAGGCUGGAGCCCGGCCUGAACAGCCCCUUCUCAGACCUGCUGGGCCCGCUGGGCGCCCAGGCAGACGAAGCGGGCUGUAGCGCGCAGCCCUCGCCGCUGGAGCCGCGGCCCGUGUCCCCGUCCGCCUACAUGCUGCGCCUGCCGCCCCCUGCCGGCGCCUACAUCCAGAAUGAGCACAGCUACCAGGUGGGCAGCGCCCUGCUCUGGAAGCGCCGGGCCGAGGCGGCCCUGGACGCCCUGGACAAGGCCCAGCGGCAGCUGCAAGCCUGCAAGCGGCGGGAGCAGCGGCUGCGGCUGCGGCUGACCAAGCUGCAGCAGGAGCGGGCCCGGGAGAAGCGGGCUCAGGCCGACGCCCGGCAGACGCUGAAGGACCACGUGCAGGACUUCGCCAUGCAGCUGGGCAGCAGCAUGGCCUGAGGGGGCCAGGGCGUGGCCGGACGCCGGAAUAAAGUGGGUUCCAGGAGGUGCUGUUGCCUAGCUCGGUUGGGACUCAAACACUGGGCCCCUGCCCACCGCCCAGCCCGGGUGGGGCAGCUGGGCUGCCAGGGGUUCACCCUGGGACCUCAGAGUGCAGGGGCUCACCUGUGCCACCCGCCACCCAGCUGAAAGCUUUCUGGCCUCAGACACAGUGUUCCAGCUCUAGACGG